AUGCGCGGAAUAGGGCGAGUGGCCGUGGCGCGAGAACGCGCGGGCCGGGGGCGCGAGCCGGAGACAGUUGAGCCGUUGGAGCCCCUUCCCCCCACUUCCGGUCCUAGCCCGGUCCAGGCGAAGGCAGGAGGCGGCUUCAGAGCGGCCAUGAAGGCAGGGGCGACCUCCAUGUGGGCUUCCUGCUGCGGCUUGCUGAAUGAGGUCAUGGGGACAGGAGCGGUUCGCAGCCAGCAGCCUGGAUUCGGAAGCGGGGCGAACCCCUUUCGGUUUGCCCCGAGCACGGACUUCACCGUCUAUUCCUCAGCGGCAGCGACAGGCGCCAACCCCGCCCUCUGCAAGUCUUGCGGCCUUUCCUUCUCCGUAUUCAGGAAAAAGCAUGUGUGUUGCGAGUGCAAGAAGGACUUCUGCUCGGUCUGCUCGGUCUUGCAAGAGACCCUCCGCCGGUGCUGCACCUGCCAGCUGCUGCAGGAGACAGGCUUCCAGCGGCCGCAGCUGAUGCGGCUGAAAGUCAAGGACCUGCGCCAGUACCUGCUCCUCAGGAACAUCCCCACGGAGACCUGUCGGGAAAAGGAAGACCUGGUCGGCCUCAUCCUCAGCCACCACAGAUUGGCCUCCGAGGAAGAGACAGACACUAGCAGUUUGUAUUCCACGCGCUCGCAGGCAUCCAGCCUUUCCACCCAGCACGUUUCCCUCUCCGGAUCGGUGUCUUCCUCGCAGGGAGACCUCGCCAACCGGCAGGAGAACGCGGGCAAUGAAACGCACGUACAGGGGCCAAGCGAGAGACUCUCGGCCGAUGUGGGGGCGGAGGAAGACCACGCAGCACAAGAAACUCCAGGCCAGUCCAGGAAACGUGCCAGGGCCUCGCUGUCCGACAUCUCCAGCCUGGAUGACGUGGAAGGGCUGACUGUCCGGCAGCUGAAAGAAAUCCUAGCUUGUAACUUUGUCAAUUAUUCGGGAUGUUGCGAAAAAUGGGAACUGGUAGAAAAAGUCAGUUGGCUCUACAAGGAGAACCAGACGAAUCACCGGCUGCAAGGAGAGAGACCUCUGCUGACCGACGAGGACGACAACCUUUGCCGGAUAUGCAUGGACGCGGUCAUCGAUUGCGUGCUGCUGGAGUGCGGCCACAUGGUCGCCUGCACCAAAUGCGGCAAGCGCCUGAGCGAGUGUCCGAUCUGCCGCCAGUUUGUCAUCCGGGCCGUCCACGUCUUCAAGUCCUGAGCGGCUGGGCUCAGCCGCCCUCCGGAAGCUUCCCGCUGCACAUUUCCUCCCAAGAUGGCCAUGUAGAGGGGGGGAGGGCAGGGAGGGAAGUGAGGCUCUGGAAAGCCUCUGUUCCAAUCCAUUCAUCGCAUCCUGACCGGGACCUUAGGAGCUUUGACCGAUUGUAUUUCUGCUUUGCAAGUCAGAUGCCUCUUAAAGAUAGAGAUGUGUGAACUGGAUGGCUUUUCCUUUUCCUUUUUUUUUUUAAUUUUUAUUUUUCCAAGACAAC